GCGGUGGUGGUGGAGUGGUGGGGGUGAAUGACACACACAUCGACAAGGACAUCGAUCAACACCAGCACCUGCACACGUCGACCGAUAACCUUCCCUUCCACACGGGUUCAGGGUCACGUUCGUCAAGUAAGCACUAUGCCACGGCAACACCGCGUGUUCAUCUCGCUGCGCUUCAGUGAGGCGAGCCAGGCGCUGAAAAAGGCGCUGGAGCGCCGCAGCGUCCCCACCAUCGCCGACGCCGUGAUUGGCGCCAUCGACGAGUGCGAGCUGGUGGUGAUCAUGGGCACGCACACGUACGGCGAGAAGACGGACAGCCCCUUCGGUUCCAGCGAGGAGCUCGAGUUUAUCAUCAACGAGAAGAAGCCCUUCUUCCUCGUGAAGAUGUGCGACCGCUUCAAGCACGCCAAGCCGCGCUUCUGGCUCCCACCCACCAUCUCCUACCACUUGUGGAAGCCGCAAGGAGCCGAGCGCUUUGACCCGCCCCGGAGCCUUAUCGACGCAAUCCUGGCCAAGCUGAAGGACGUAAGCGGUGGCGUUGACGUACCACAGGCGCCGCAGCCAGCACAACAACAGCAGGAGCAGCAGCAGCAACAGCAGGAGCAGCAACAGCAGCAGCAGCAACAGCGGUGGGCUACAAUUGAUCCACAGGCAAUGGAGGAGGAGAACAACGACCGCGACAACAUGGGGUCAAGUUCCGCCCGCGGCCGUGAUCCAAGCGUACCUCAAGUGCAUGAGAACGCUACGUCCUCUAACGGCGAAGAUGCGAAUGAUGAUGAUGAUGACGAUGACUUGCUUGAUGCCGAUGGCACACAGCAGAUCGUUGUUCGCCCCCAAGAUGGCCGACUGGGGAUGGGAAUUGUUGGCGAGUCGACAGCACGUGGUGGGGGUGUGUACAUCAGCAACGUGUCAAAUGCGGACGCAGCAGCGCAGGGCUUGGAGGUGGGGAUGCGCAUCAUGACAAUUGAUGGUGAGGAUGUGCGUGACUGCUCGCACGGGGGUGUCGUGCAGAAGCUGAGGAGCAAGACUGGGGAUGGGGUUGUGCUUGGGGUGAUUGGAGGGGACGAUGGAUUCGCCCGCUUGCUUCGGCACUGCUCAGGCACGACGAGCCGAGCACACAACAGCAAUGACGUUUUGACUUCCCAAGGCGUCGCUGACAGCAGUGAUAACGGUGAAGGGAAGUUGGAGGAAGAUGGCACACGGCAGAUUGUUGUUCGUCGUCAAAAUGGCCAGUUCGGGCUUCGGCUGGUGAGCAAGACAAUAGCAUGCGGCGAUGGGGUGUACAUCAACGGCAUCAUCAAUGCAGACGCAGCAGCGCAGGGCUUGGUGUCAGGAAUGCGCAUCAUGACAAUUGAUGGUGAGGAUGUGCGUGACUUCUCACGGAAAGAUGUCGUGCGGAAGCUCAGGAGCAAGACUGGGGAUGGGGUUGUGCUCGGGGUGAUUGGAGGGGACGAUGGGUAUUCGCGGUUACGUGAGGUGGCUUCACAAUCCAACGCACAGCAUCAAGGACCGGAAACACACCUUCAUCAUGUCAGCCAAACGAAGAGGACAGAGUCUGUCAAAGCACCGUCACCGCUCUAUUCAUCGCCAGCAUGCGAUACACGCACGGCUUCGUCUUCAUCACUUCCUGCAUCACGGUCUGGUGCAUUCAAGCCGCUGAACUACGAACCGCUUAACACACAGGUGUGGGCGCCCACGACACUAACGACGACGGGAGCAGGGGUGCCGCCGCUGGACGAAGUGGCACAGCAGCAGCAGCAGGCAGCCCAGCUCUUCUUCGAGGACAAUGGGCCCAUGAUGCAACGACUAGCUCAACCAUUCCCUGGUGCCACUGAGGAAAAGCGGUUUCAUGCACACAGCUACAAGCAUGCAGCUGCCCACUACCUUCGCCUGCCAGACGACUUGGCGCCCCUGUCCAGCACUGAUGCCUCCACAGCAACAGCAACUAUGUCUAUUUCGGGGAAGCAACCUUAUUCCACACUCAAAGCAUCACGUGUUGAGGCUGCCGCCCCUGCACGGUCGUCGCGAUCGUCAAGGAUGCCCCAAAUGGCGAGUGCACGCAGCCGCAGCAAGCGACGCCAAGAGGCUGAUUCGAGAGCGCAUGGCUGUCCUUUAAUGUGCUCCAUUGAAGGCAGUGGCGGCGGGCGAUCUGGUCGUAGUGGCUCCCCACCACACAGCGCGCUUGACAGAAACAACUCAGGUAACUCCCCCUCUGGGUGCCGCUAUUCGUCCUCUUCAAAAACUAGGGACGUUCCUGACAGGCGUCGCCAUGCCACCCACAAGGCGGCAGCAGGAGUACGCAGCAGCCAGACAAGCAGCAAUCGUCAAGGUGACGAUGCUGAAUGUUACAAUGGCGACGACGAUGAUGGAUAUCUUGCUGCUGCGGAAGACAAUACUGACGAUGCGCUCGCACCUGCAUCAGUGGACACGUCAGCAACGUUCAUGAAGCAGCAACUGAUUCAAAUGGGAUUCGAGGACAACCAGGACCUUGACCAAGCCAUUCAAUUUAGCAAUGGUUCCAUCCUUGAAGCGCUUGACUAUUUGGAAGCCAUCCGCGCGUCGGCGAUGGCGAAAUGCGCAAAUGUACCCCCCUCGUCGAAUUCAGAAAAAAUAGAAGGCGACAGCAACAGCCGCUCCACAUCAACACGCUCCAUCAAUCGAACCACAGGCAAGGCAAGUGCAGUCAGGGUAUCCCGUGCACGAUCGUCGCGAUCGUCAAGCAUGUCGCAGAGGACAAAAUUCGACCCGAAGGAGUUUCCAGGUGUGCGCAGCCGUUACAGCGGACAGGCGGCCACCUAUCGCCACCGUGCGCGAGAGGCAGAUGCAGAUGCAGCACAUGCACCCAUGAUGCACAACAGCAGAGGGCUUCGCCGUAACACAUACGACCUUCACGGCUUGUCUGUGACGGCUGCUAUCAGAGAAGUCAGGGGGCUCAUCGAUGACGCUAAUGCGCGCCGCCGCAGCGGCUUGACUGCUCCUCGCUUCUUCUAUUUCGUAACGGGGUCGGGACAGCACAGCGCUGACGGACGGUCGAGGAUCAAGGCCGUGCUCAAGAACUACUGUACGGGAUCCGGCCUCCGAUACGAGGACGUGGACGGCGCAACCAUCAGGAUCUUCACUCGCCCCCGCCGCUGACAU